AUGAAUAUCGAGACACCACCAGAUGAUGGCUGGGGGAAUAGCUCGAAUUGGGAAUACAAGCAACCUCAAAAGGUCAACGCCACUUUGCCCUUUCGGCCAAAUCGCAAUACGAACUUUCUUUCAGACGCACAUUAUUUCCAAUUGAAAAAUCAAGCGAGGAAAAAGAUCAUUGAUGAUGAUCUACCAAAUCUGCGCACGCCUAGCCAAACUGUCAGUAAUGACAGCAAUCUACAGGAGCUCAAGGACAGACAAGGCUGGAACGAUGUUUUUGUUGCCAGCUACAAUUUAGCACGCAAGAACAAAAGUGUAUCGGAUGCCUGGACUAAGCCUAUUGAGAGAAGCGCUAAAAAGCCACUUCAGCUGUCAGAGGCUCUUCUUUAUCGAACUCGAAAAAUCACAAACCCAGAAGGGGAAUUUUCCCAGGAUGCCAAGUUCACUGGUAAUGUAUUCGAAUAUACUCCAAAACCACCCACAACACCCGAAGCUCUGUGCGCGUUAUACUUGAAACGUAGAAUGAAACGAGAUACGAUUCGCAAUAGUAUCUCCAAACCUCAAGGGCCAGAGCAGAAAGCGAGGGAGAUGGAGUUGGAAAAGACGCGGAAGAAGAAGGAAAAGGAGGCAAAGUCAGGCCGCUCAGCCUCGCAAUGGAUUUUUGAGAAUCUAAUAGAUCUCUCUUGUGUUCCACUAUUUGGUGUCGAUCUGGCGGCUAUUAUCCCCUACAGAUUCGAGGAAUUGGAAAAGGAAGUGAUUGAAAGGAUCAAGGAACGGUAUAGUAUGUACUUCAUGAAGGUUAUUAUUCGUUAA